AUGACCAGGAUAUACACACGUCCUGAAAUCCUCCUUCUGAUCUUCUUGGCAGGCGCAGUGAAGCUUGACGGAGUCAAGACAUUUCGAUGGCUGAAAGGGAAGGCUUGUGCCUUGUUCUGGCAGUUUGUCUCUCAGCGCUCAGACGCUUGGAGACGUAUCCUGACAGCAGGGACGGUUGAAAUUGCUGCAAAGGUCCGUCCACUGGUGGUGGCUGUCAUGAAAGAGGUCCAGGAAGCCACCUUGGAACUCUUUGGCUUUGUGACCAGCCACGAUCACGAUGGACAGGCGCGAAACGCUUGGUGCAAACGUUUCGUCCUCGUUGUGACAGUAAAGUCGGGCAGAUCCUACAAGGCAAUCAAGGAUGCCAUAGGGAUUGAAAGCGACUUUCCCAGGAAUUACCGGAACAGAAACCAGACUGAGUCACUUCCAGAACCACCCGGAUUCAUGCGUCAUUUUGCCGUUUGUUUGGUGCCAGAGGCGGUUUGGAUAGAUGGAACAACGAACCUCCUGCAGAAAUUCCAACAUGGAUCAUUUUUCGAGCUCGCCGGUCCCAACAUAACUGACGAGGAAGGUGGUGGUGUCUGUUGGGGAGAGGAAAAGGUCCGGAGCAUAGAUGGGAUCGUUGAGAUCGGGUUGGUCACUUACGACAAUGAAGCAAUAAUUGAGUCGUUCUAUAAGCCCCUGCAAACAGUAUGGGGAAGAUACGACCCGAUCUGGUGGAACUGUUCUGACUUCACCAUCCGACUUGGUUGUAUGAUCCUGCCAGACCCUAAUGAAAAGGACAUCCUGCGGCGACUGCUGCUUUUCGUGUGCGCGUCUCGCCUACAGACUCUCGAGUUUGCCAUUGACGAAUUGCACACGAGAAUAUUCAUGUCAAGCUGGACUGCUGCCGUGGUAUCAUGGGCUGGCGGUGCUGGAUCUGCUCUCUUGAUGGGAGCGUUCCCUGCCGUGUUUCCAAUUGCGUUCUUGGGGUCCUGGGCUUGUGGUAUGGGAUCUGGAAUUGCGGGGUGGUGGCGCCUUAGUCGCGUUGGUGCCAAAGAAUAUCCUAAAUGGAAAGCACGAUCAAAUGAGUUGGAGCAGCGGUUUCCCCAGCUUCGGGGGUUGGUUGGGGAGUGA